AUGAAGGCAUACUGGUUCGACAACCUCCCGGGCGACCAACGCGAGCCCCACAACUCCGGCCGCGACGUGCCCGCCUCAUAUCUCUCCGACCUCGGCGUCAUAUACGAGCACUGCGCCGACGUGUCCGGCGUCGACGCCAUCGCCACAUCACGACAGUACAAGAACCGCGAUGAAAUCACCGUGUCGCCCGAGAAAAUGGGCGACAUCUACGAAGAAAAAGUGAAGUCGUUUUUCCACGAGCAUCUGCACGAGGACGAGGAGAUACGGUAUAUUCUCGACGGCGCGGGGUACUUUGAUGUCCGUAGUGAGGGGGAUGAUUGGGUUAGGAUUUGGCUGGAGAAGGGCGAUUUGAUUGUCUUGCCUAGUGGGAUUUAUCAUCGGUUUACUACGGAUGAGAAGAAUUACACAAAGGCUAUGCGCCUCUUCAAGGACGAACCAAAGUGGACGCCGCUGAACAGGGGAGACGAGACAGAUGGCAAUCAGUUCCGGAAGGAGUAUCUGAAGGCGAGGGAGGGGCUUGCUGUGGGGCAGUGA